AUGGAAAGUGCCUCUUUCCCACCUCCCUUAUGUUAUAGAAUAGAAGCAGUAUUGGCUGAGCAUUCGAAUAUUGUAAAAGUUGAUACUGAUGAUAGUGAUGAUAGACUAUGCGGUGCUUUCGUUUAUUAUAGAGAAGUUUCUUAUACAGCUCAAGUUGGACCCACUUGUGGAUUAGCUGCACUAAUAAUGACGGGCAAACUCUUCAAUGUUACAGAGUACUCACUUGAUAACGUGUUACAGAAGGCGAAAGAGUUGAAAUUAACCAAUUUCGGGGAAAUGUUCUCAGCUUCCUGGCUAGUGAAACUGACUGAGGAGUUAUGGAAUGAUGCUGUUGUUGGAGAAGUAGAAGAGUUCCCUUCACCCGAACGAGUAGUGAGCGGAUUAGGAAACGAAGAAGUUCUUCUGGUUCCUUACGAUAGUGAUCGGAAUUUUAGUCCGUGUGCCAAGAACGGACACACAGCCCAUUGGGCCAUAGUGAUCGGAUUCUUUUACAUAAAUGAUAAAGGGGAUAGGAUAGAAUUCAAAAAAAGAUUGGAUGAAGAAAUAGAGGCACAGAAACUGUAUGUCUUCGCCUUUCAUGGAAAGAGCAAGCAUAUGUCGUUGUGGCCCUAUAAGGACCUGCUGGGAAGUAACCAACAGCUCUUCGAGGUUGGACCUAAACGGACUGAAGGAUAUGUGGUUCCGAAUGGCGAGAUGACUGAUUUGCGCAACAAAGCUGUAUGGCUGAAGCCACGCCCAUGA